AAAUAAAAUCCAAAUACCAGAAAGGAAUCAAUUUUCUCAGAUGUCUCCAAGACUGAUAAAAAAGUGAUAAAUUCUUUUUUGAUAUGUUUGACAACGUUUCAUACUAACCCGACCGUAUUGAUGAUCCUGUCACGUGAUUGAUGAUCCUAUCACGUGAUUAAUCAUGUGACCAGCAGUAUCAAUACUUCAACAAAAUGUGAAGAAAUUGAUUCAAAGAAUAUAGACAACGAAUUAUGGAACAGAGCUUGGGACAAACGAUGAUAAAUAGACUUGAUGUUCGCUGGAGUGACACUAUUUUCGAUUAAAGUGAUUUAUAAAGAAACAGAACUGAUAAGUAUUAUAUUAAUUACUUAACUUGCAUCAAAGAAGGUCUUUCUCUGAUAUAAUGGAUAUCACAGCAGAUCUUUUGUCGACGUUAGUAGACCCAGAGGUCCGGACAUUGUGCUGGAAACUUCUUAAUCAGACAGAGCCAAGAGACGGAAAGAUAUACUGUCCCAAGGUGUUUGAUCACGUGACCUGUUGGAAUUACACAUUGGCCAAUGUUACAGCGACAGGAGGAUGUCCAAAGUCACACCCCCAGGGACAGAUCUUUUCACCUCAGGGUCACUCUUAUCGACAAUGUAUGGGUGAUGGGACCUGGUAUGUCAGUCCUUUUAACAACAUGUCAUGGACAAAUUACAUCCCCUGUGCUGAUUUCUCAGAAUAUCAGAAUCUUCAGAACAUAAACUAUGUAUACGAAAGUGGAUACGUCGUAUCGUUUAUUUUGCUGUGCCUUGCUCUAAUUAUUUUCACCUGUUUCAGACAACUUCAUUGUACGCGGGUGACGAUACACAAAAAUCUAUUUUUGUCCUACAUUUUGUAUGGCCUGAUGUGGUUAUUGUUCAAUUAUCUGGUUACCCCUAAUCCGGAUGUAGCCUUUGAAACUCCGAUUUGGUGUGUUGCCCUAUGGAUUCUACAGAAAUAUUUCCAGAUUUGCAACUAUGCCUGGCUUUUUGCAGAGGGAUUCUAUCUACAUUCGAUAAUUGUCCUGACCUUCACGAACCAAAAGAAGCUGUUGCUGGUGGCGCUGUGUAUUGGAUGGGUGAUUCCUAUUCUGCCCGUGUCAAUAUAUGCCAUACUGAAUGCUAAAUCAGAGGAUCCAGUGGGAAGACUACAUUGUUGGACCGGGGAUUCCGGGGAGAAUCAGCUGAUUUGGAUUUUACACGGAACGUGUAUGGCUUCACUUGUUGUUAACCUAAGUAUUCUGGUCAAUGUGAUGAGAAUUGUUGUUAUGAAAAUACGUGCAGUCAACAUUGGAGAAACAACACAACUAAGGAAAACAUUACGAGCUUGUCUGAUUCUGGUACCCUUGUUAGGGCUACAGCAGGUGCUAUUUCCCUUUCAGUCGAACCACAUCGCAUAUCGUGUGACGGUGGCGCUCGUAUCUUCUUACCAGGGCGCCUGUGUUGCUUUAUUGCUUUGUUUCUUCAACAGAGAGGUCGUUAAGUGUUUCAAGAAAAAGAUUUCUCAAAUAAAAUACAUCAACGAGGGUCGAAGAUCCAGUUUGCUAACAAUCGGAACAUCUCUCGGGGGAUUGCUCAGGAGGGGAAGCAGACAAAUUAGCAUAUACACCAGGCGAACAUCUGAAUCACGUGACCGGAAGACAUCAGAAAACGUGCCGGAAACCGGAAACCAAAUCCAGAAAGAUGUUAAUCAGCCGUUGCUGAAUGAAGGUGAAAUGAAAGAAUCUCAAACGGUAGAAAGUUUGCUUUCAGUCGGUGACGCUGUGUCCUUAACAGGUAACAGUACCAGACGAGAGAGUAUCCGAAGUGGCGAUUCUUCCAGAGGUCGAUGUAACUUGCCAAGUAUUUCCGAAGUGUGAAUAUGAAAAUGCACUAUGAACUUAAAAUGUAUGUCUUCAUAUAAGAAAUCCUUUGAAAUGACUUUUGGAAAAAUAACAUAAAAGUUUGCAGCAAUGUUUUUGAUCAAUUAUUUUUCUAAUACUUUACAUAUUAAAAUGCAUUUUU